GACCUGAAGUCUAGCACAGCCGUGCAUAUGUAUGUACAUUGGCCCCGGCCAAAAAGGCCCGUCACGCCCAUAUUCUCCGGUCGACCCGUGGGUACUAUGUACGCUCUGCUGUGGUACACCCCGUUCUUCUAUUUAUGGAAUUAUAGCUCGACAGUCGGGAUAUCCCCGGAUCGCUUUGUGGGGAAGAGGGCGCCAAAGGAGCUGCCUGGCGCGCCUGCGUCCCCUGCGUGCCCCCAGUGCCCCCAGUGCCCCCAGUACCGCAGCAAGUACCGCAGUACCGCAGUACCGCAGUACCACCCCCCCCCUGUUUGUGCAUUCCGUCCCGCUGGGUUUGUUUCCGCCGAGCCCUGUCGGCCCUGCCCUCCGAUUCGUCGCGACCUCUGAGAAACGACGUGCAUGUCGACGUCUGAGUCCUCACAGCUGCCCUCGAGAUGACAGCUGAUUGAGCGCCGCUAGUACCGUCCCGUCGCAAUGGCUCUCCCCCCUGAUGAUCGCUGCAGAGGUGUCUGGCUAUCCUGCGGCCUGCCAUGUGGCAGCCCACCUGUCACUGCCCUUGCGAGUGGGGGUGGAGGAAUACGGGCUAUUACCUGUGUGCAUCUCUUCUCGUUGACUCAGGUUGGACGACUAGUCUUGUCCGAUUUAGCACCCUUUUACUCGGGUCAUUGAUAUCAUGAAACUUCUGUACUUGUUCCAAGCCGAGAUGCCGUCGGAGUCCUCAAAUCAAAGUUUUCCUCUCCCACCACGAUGUCGACGGGCACUUGCUAUAUCAGGCCUGCUCGCGGCCGCCCCAUCCGAUGGGAGCCUGUCGUGAUGCCGUCUAGACCACCGGCGCCCACGACCUGUCAAUAGUCACAAUUCAGCCUUCCUUUCAGGUCCGUCGAUCUAGGCCCUUUUGCUCAAUAUUGUCACCUUCAUUUAUCAUCCUAAUUCGGGGGCCCCUUGCGAGCUCGCCCUGACCUUCAUAAACGAGCCCUGCGAUCUCUUGCUUUGAUAUUGCUCAAUUUCUUUAUGAGCCCCAUCCCUACCCUUCUCAGACUUUAUCAUUCGGGCCAAAGCUUCUAGGCUUGUUUUUUCUUAAUAAUGGACGGCUUGAACGAUUAUCGAACAGCGCGGGUUGCCGAGGUUCUCUCGGAUUUCCAGAGUAUACAGUACUUCAUAGCCGCCGCGCCUGUGGACCCACCAAAUAUGAACGAUUACUACACCGAAGGGUGGGCUGCCCUACGGCAAUGUAACCUCGAUGGUCAACGCAUCUUGAACUGUGGAGCGGAUACGAGCGUUCCUGAAACGAGUGGUGGGCCCGAUGAGCAGGCAAAGGCCGAGUUGAAACAAGUUCUACUCGAUGCCUUCGCACGCCGACACGAGGCACAGAAGAUAUACCUCCGCCAGGCUGCUGCGCAGCGGUGGAUCGACUAUCGGGAGCUUGUGCUCAAGGCGCACUCCGGGAGCCAGUCCCAGCUAAGACGCUGCGACCAACAGCUCAGAGCAGAGCUCCAAAUGAUCACAGACGAGGCCAUCUACGCGGAGCUCCAAUCAUCUGACUUGAACAUGGGUCGCUGGACGGCCGAAGACCCGAGCCUACGCAGUAUACAGCGAUGGGUUCGCACUCGACGAUAGAUGCCAUAGACCGAUCCCGGGAGCAGCAUUUACCCGACAAUAAUGAUCAACGGCCGACCUUUUGUGCAAAACAUAGCGGAUACCCAGAUUCAAUUUGUUGUGCGGACAUAAAAAUGAUGUUUGAGAUUUCAAUGGCUGCAGACUGGAAGAAUGUUUUGUUUCGGUGCAUGUUUAGUCUCGUUCAAAAGACGAAAGGCGAGGGGGAAGUCGGGACGACAGGAUUCGUCUCCGGGAAGAAGGCACGUUUCAUCUGUAAGAUCUAGGGGGGCUUUCUGGCUUGUGGUCAACUGCCCGGAGCAGACAGGACUCUUGUAUGGGGCAGGACUGGGUGAACAACUUGCGGGGCGAGGACCGUCAGGAUUGAUUUUACUAAUAGGAGAGCAUAAGUUCCCAGCGCUGUAUAAAGUCGCCGUGCAUCGACGUAUACCGAAUAAGAACGAAACCAGAUAAACUCCCAGUUGUUCUGUCUUUUGUGGGCUGCUCUGAGCAUCAGACCUACAUGGCUGACGUCUGGAUUGCUUCCCGAUUGCGCGUCUGUGACUUAGGAGAGUACUACAAGAGUGAUCCACGUCUCAUGGGUGAGUCUAGCAAAGACAUCAAUCUACCUAGGUAUUAGUGAAAAAUUACCGGGUAAUGGCCUGGAAGCUUGCACAUGUGCCUACUAAGAACCUAGGUAUGUACGGUUGAUGAUUGUCAGGCUAAAUCCUUUACUGUUUUCUAAGUUAUAGUUACAUGUUAUAAUUUUUAAAAUUUUACUGCAACGGAAGGCAUUACUACUAGUCACACACCUUAAC